AUGGCAUGGUCGUGCCUCACCCUGUCAUCCCGGGGGUUGAAUUUGUGGGCUGAGCAACCCAUGGUGGAUACGGCCUAUCAGAUCCUGCAGACACGGUUGAUCGACUCACAGGCCGUUAUCCGUGAUGCAGAUGAAGGGUGUUUGGGCAUCAUUGUUGAGCUCACAAUAAAGGUGUAUCCCUCGUGUCAGGUACAGAUUAGAUCCUCUUGUGCGGUGGGUUUUGCGCCAAUGGUCCACCAGGUACUGGCAGGUGUCAUCACAUAUGAAUCUAGUGAUACAUCAACGACUAUCAAACGAUACAAUGAUGCGUGUCGUACACAUAAAGAAGGGCUUCCAUCGAGCCUCAGCCUUUUUCAAUGCAUCAGAAAUACCCCGGCAGGCAAAAUGUUCUCUGUCCUCUUUGUCUGGGCGUCUACAGACAUCAAUUCCGGAAAUACAUGGCCGUCCAAAGCCAGCUCCUGGUCAGAUAUAACCGUGGGCACCGUUGCGACAACCGAUAUGGUUGCGUUCAACUAA